CCCCCCUCCCUCUCUUGUGGGAGUAUUGCCAGCCAUGGACAGUGAGAGAGACGCAGAGAGAACAGCGGAUGGCGUUUCUUGAUUUCCCCGCGCUUAUAAACGCAGAGGGACACUGACCUUUUAAUAAUAAAUCUGUAUUUUUAUAUAUAUACAUACGAAACGUUAUUUGCUCAGGUGUUAUAGAGUCCCAACAGGGAACGGAUUACCCAAAAAAAAGCAGAGGCGCAACCAUGACGACCGAGACCUCGAAGCACCGUUUGGAUCCAUCCAAUUCUCGCUCCAGCGCAGCGGCUUCUGCUCUGAAUGCAGCUCCGCCGAGCGCGCAGCCAGUGAUGGAGAGCGCGCGCAAUGCACCGCCCAAAUGGAAAAAGGGAAAUUCCGGCUUGAGGCGUCCCGAAAAGCCUCCCUACUCGUACAUCGCCCUCAUUGUCAUGGCAAUUCAAAGUUCGCCGACCAAAAGGCUAACGCUGAGUGAAAUCUAUCAGUUCCUGCAGGUCCGCUUUCCUUUCUUCAGGGGUUCGUACCAGGGAUGGAAAAACUCCGUCAGACACAACUUGUCUCUGAACGAGUGUUUCAUCAAGCUGCCCAAAGGUCUCGGUAGACCGGGCAAGGGACACUACUGGACCAUCGACCCGAGUAGUGAGUUCAUGUUCGAGGAGGGCUCCUUUCGUCGCAGACCUCGCGGGUUCCGUAGGAAAUGCCAAGCUAUGAAGCCGAUGUACCGAAUGAUGAACGGCAUCGGCUUCGGUGCGUCCGUGCUGCCGCAAAGCUUUGACUUCCAAACGCCGUCAGCCUCACUGGCGAGCCGCAACAGCUACAACGUGGACUUGAUGGGCAACACGGUGCCGGCUGGCUUCGAGGGAGGCCACGGGGGAGGACUUCACGUCUCACACAUGUCAUCGGGCUCCGGGUCAUCGCACAUGGCCGCGUGUCAGGUGGCCUCCAGCGGGGACUACUGCCCGGACAGCAGCUGCAGCCCGCUGCAGUCCUCCCCGCCGAUGGCAGGCACUUUGGACUGUCAGUCUCCGUAUGCAAACGCGUCCUCGCACUGGAGUUCACCUGGCGUGUCUUCGUACAUCAAACAUCAGUCGGUGGCAACGAGCAGUCCCACUUCUUCUGCUGCGCACGCGGGGAUGUCCUCGUACUCUCUGGAUCAAGGCUAUCUGCGCCAUAACGCAUGGGACUCCACGGACAUCUCAGGGGGACUGUCUCGGUACUCCGGCCACUCGGCUCCUGGGAGUGAAAGGAAGGACUUGGUUUUGAACCUAAAUGGCAUCUCUUCCCUCCACCCCGGCGCCGGCGCAUCGUACUAUCACCAGCUGCACCACCACCAAGGUGUCUAUCAGGACGUAAAGCCAUGCGUAAUGUGACACAACAACAAGGACAGAACGGACUUCUUCUGCUAAACGGAACCGUCGGGUGGAGUCAUUUUAACAGACUAUUUGGUGACUUUCAGUGAAAGUGGCCAAUGUGUUUUCCUUUGGAGUCAAUGGCAGUAAACUUGGACGUUUUCUUUAAACUGUUAAUGGUUAUGAGGAGAUGAUUUGUUCUGGCACUCUCAUACUAAUUGAUAUGAGGAAGCAACAUCAACAAUGUUACGCAAUAAAAAUACGCACAUCUUGAUUUUUUUUUUCCAUCUACUCAUUUCGUAUUCCUGAAAGUUGCUGAGAUUAUGGCUGAUUUCUUGCAUUUGUCCAUUAAAGAUGUUUUUUUUAAGGAUGAUUUUGAGGCAUUAGCAAUAAAACAUUUUUUAUACGGGG